GCUGCAUCAGUGACAUUUACUAGAAUUCUGGAAGCGUCAGCGAAAUGUCUGAUAAUGAUGUUCAUGGUUCUGAUGCCCAGCAACGGGUCGAAGAUGAAUAUCUAAAGGAUUUUAUGGAUUUAAGCCCAUGUGGUGAUCGUGGUAUCCUCAAAAAAGUAUUGCGAGAAGGCUAUUCUGACGUCAAGCCAUGUGAUGGCGACACUGUGGUUGUACAUUAUGUCGGGACAAACUAUGGUGGGGAAAAACACGGUGAAGUCUUUGACUCAAGUAGGGCACGGAAUGAGAAGUUUGAAUUUACUAUUGGAAAUGGUAGUGUAAUUAAGGCUUGGGAUGUCGGUGUCGCUACAAUGAAGUUGGGAGAAAUUUGUGAACUAAUCGCGUCUCCUGAUUAUGCCUACAAAGAUGGUAAAACUCUAAAGUUCGAAGUGGAGCUUUUCGAAACCUUGGGCGCUGAUGUCAGCAGAAACAAGGAUGGGAGUAUUCGUAAAUCAACUAUUAGGAAAGGGAAGGACAUCUAUAAUCCUGUUGCUGGUGCUGAGGCCACAAUUGUCUUCCGUAAUUUGACGGAUUCAGCAGAGAAUGUGGAGGUGACAUAUUGCGUCGGUGAUCCCCCGUUAACUGUGCCAGAAGAGUUGGAUCUGUGUGUUCGUCAUAUGAAUACAGAUGAAUUUAGUCGUGUUGUCGUAUACAAAGAUAAGAAUUCAGCAACUGAGGGUGCAGACGGACAUCGGGUAGUUUAUGAAUUAACGCUGAAGUCUUUUGAAAAGACUAAACAUCUAUCUGGUAUCUCAUCAUUCUCAGAGCAGAUGGCGUAUGCAAAUGUACUGAAAGAAAAAGCCAACAACUUUCUAAAGGACUCUAAAUUUGAUUCUGCUAUUGAAUUGUACAAACGUUUAGAUGACGAGUUGCAGUACAUAGUGGCUAAUGGCCCUACAGAGCAGAAGGAAUUAUCCGCGGUUAUUGUAGCCGUCCGACUUAAUUUAGCUUUAAGUUACCUGAAGCAAUGUAAACCAGAUAAAUGUAUUGAGUUCUGCAAGAAAGUAUUGGACGUUUUUGGUAACAACGAAAAAGCGUUAUUCAGGAUAGGUCAGGUAAAUUAAAUACACAAAAUUAUAUUUCCAGGCGCAUCUGCUGCGUAAAGACCACGAGGAGGCGUCAGUUUACUUCAAGAAAAUUGUAGAAAGCAAUCCCAACAAUGCGUCUGCUGUAAAGCAGUUGCAUAUGUGCGAGGAAGAGAUUAGAAAGGCCCAAGAUAUGGCAAAGAAAAGGUUCCGGAGCAUUUUCGAGCGCUGUAAAGACUCUGGAUUGGAUGGUGUUGAAGAACACAAAGACGGAGUCACGUUGAAUGGCGAAAAGUCUGCAUUGUAAAAGUUUGCUCCUUAAUGUAAUCUAAAUGAGCAAUCCGUGAUUUUGUAAAUGUUCCCCAUAAUUGUUACCAGUUUCAAAGUUGUGAAUAAAUCAUUGAACCUAG